AUGGCGGAUGAAGCAGAUCUUUUGACCAAGGUCCACAGCCUGAGCGACCUUGAGCUCGCUGCCCUGUUGUGCUUGGUCAACCGAGAACACUGCAUCGUCAGCACUCCGCCCGUUGCCCUCAACGAACUCAUCGAGGAGCUCCAACUUAUCGCAACCAAGACGUUUGGUCUGAGGUGUGCCGUCGUCGACUGCACUCCGCAAACCACCCUAGAGGACUUCGCAUCCUCAAUCCUUACAGCCCCAUCACCCACAGCAACGAGAUCAGGCUCGCCCCUCCGCACCCGCAAUGAAGCUUCCUACUUCUACUCCCGUUCGGGUAUCUCCCCUUUGACCUCCGUCACCGCCUCUAGCCCGACUGGCCCCGGCGGUGCGGUUAGUUCCUCCAUCGCCAACGUUGUCCUGGCGCGGAACCUCGAUCAUGCCCCUAAGGCCGUGCAGAUACAGGUCCUCGAGCUGCUCCGUACCCGCCGCAUCUUCACCCGUACCUCUGUUCAGACCGCCCCCAAGCACUUCCUCUUCGUAGCUGCUCUGGCCGCUGAGAGCGGCGGUAAGGCCCACGUCACGCUCCAUCUGAACGACUACUUCUUCAUCGCCCACUGGCACGACCCUGACGAUGGCUUUGCCAACUUGGAUGAGGCGUAUGAGGCCACCGAUGGCGCCGAGACCGCCAGUACUGAAAGUGUGGUCAAGAAAAGCAUCAACGGGGACAUGCUGACCGUCAGCGAGGAUCCGGUUCUGAGCGAAAGUGACAUCGCCGCACUCGCAAAGCUCAGCCGAGAGGUGAGUAUCAAUGUAGACGUGCUGCGCUACCAGAUGAACAUCGUAACGUACAUGAGGAUGCACCGCGCAGUCGCUGGCGGCAUUGAACCAGUCGCAACAAAGCACCUCGACCAGUUGCUGAAGUGUCUCGCUCCGUUGCACCGUCUAGACUACGUCACGCCUGCGCUCGUUCACUUAGCUGUUAGAAAGGUCUACCUGCAUCGAAUCCGGAUUGUGCACCCCCGCCAGGAGAGGAGCAUGCAGUGGGGCAGUCAGCUGGAAGCCAUCGAGUCCAUACUCGAAGGCAUCGGCGCCGAGGAUGUUAUUGAAGACGUGAUAGGUAUGGUGGCAGCGCCACUUUGA